ACUGGGAGUUGGGGGGGGCAGCAGGGGAAUAGGGGGGCUGAGGUCGUACAAGGAGGUGUUGGGGCGGUAGGCUGUACUGGAUGAACGGGAGAUAUUGGGGAGGGCACGGGAGAUAUUGGGGAGGGGCACGGGGGGAUAUUGGGGAGGGACACCGAAGGUUACAGGGGAUCGCUGGAGCGCACCGGGAAGAGCCGGGCUGCGCUCGGGUUCCUUCGGACGUUUCCGGCGUCGCUCGGGAACUUCCGGCCUCGCUCGGCUCGGCUCGGCUCCUCUCGGCCGCGGCAUGGCCCCGCCGGCGGGGGACGUGUCCCGGGAGCUGCAAGAAAGCAUCCGCCGGGCCCUGGGGCGGCCCCGCAUCCACCUGCUGCUGCGUGCCCGCCUGGAGACCAAACCCCGUCGGCUGGAGGAGAGGAUCUUGGCCCUCACUGCCUGGCGCCUGCACCUCUUCGGCCCCACAAUACCGGCCAAGGCUGAAGGUUCUUUGAGCGUGCUGGAGAUUCGCUGCAUCAGUGCCACCAGCCCCACCCAGGUGCGCCUGGACACGGAGCGGGGUCCCCUGGCCCUGGCCCUUGCCAGCCCUUCUGCUGCCGCCUGCCUGGCCCGGGAGCUGGGAGCCGCCCUGGGGCGGGCCCUGCCCUGUGCCCCCCCCGUGUGGGACCCUCCCCCGGCGCCGCCCCUCGACACCUCCCCCACCUCGGAGAGCUCCGCCUCCAGCGGUCCCAGCGUCUGCGGGGGCUUCUCGGACACUUAUGCGGCACUGUGUGACUACAACGGGCUGAGCUGCCGGGAGGAGGUGCAGUGGGACGUGGACACGCUGUACCAUGCGGGGGAGCGGAGAUGCUUCGACCUGAGGGACUUCAGCCACUUGGAGAGCCGGGAGCUGGCACUGGCAGUGGCAGCACUGGGCUACAACCGCUGGUUCCGGGGGCUGUGCUGCCGUGAUCUACGCCUGAGCAGUGAGGUGCAGGCGCAGGUGCUGCAUGCUGUGCGUCGCUCACCCGCCUUGGAGGAGCUGAUCCUGGACAAUGUGGGGUUAAACGCGGACUUCGCCUCCCGGUUGGCAGCAGCGCUGGCGGCUCACCCGGACCCACCGCUGCGAUGCCUGGAGCUGCCCCGCGGAUCCCUGGGGGACAAAGGCCUGGCAGCACUGAGUCAGCGCUUCCUGGGGCUGCCAGGGGGGCUGCGACGGCUACGCUUGCCCCAUUGCGGCCUGGGGGCACGAGGAUUGGCGGCGCUGGGCCGGGCGCUGGGCGCAAACCCCGCUUUCCGCAGUGCCCUACAACUGCUGGACCUGGGCCACAAUCCUGGGCUGCUGGGCAGCCCCCACGGCACUGACCUCUUUGCUUUCCUGGCUCAACCCAACGCCCUCCUGCACCUUGACCUGGCUUCCACUGACUGCGCCCUUGAUGUGCUCUUCGGGGCGCUGCUGCACGGCUGUUGCUCACGGCUCAGCUACCUCAACGUGGCCGGGAACAGCUUCUGCCACCGGAAGAGCCGUGAGGUCCCACCCACCCUGCAGCAGUUCUUCUGCAGCACCUUUGCUCUGUCCCACAUCAGCCUGGCAGGCGUGCGGCUGCCCCCUGAUGCUCUCAGGUCUCUCCUGCAGGGAUUGGCUGCCAACACCCACCUGAGCGACCUCCACCUGGACCUGAGCAGCUGUGAGCUCCGCUCGCCAGGGGCUCGUGUGUUGGAGGAGCUGCUGGGGGGCAUCAGUGCCGUGGGCAGCCUGGACCUCUCAGACAAUGGCUUUGAUGCCGAUUUGCUGACGCUCGUACCAGCCCUGGGGAGGAACAAGGCCCUGAAGCACCUCUGGUUGGGCAAGAACUUCAGUGUCAAGGCGCGAACACUGGAGGAGAUCCUCCACAAGCUGGUGCAGGUCAUCCAGGAGGACGACUGCUCCCUGCAGUCGCUGUCAGUGGCUGAAUCGAGGCUGAAGGCCAGGACCUGUAUCCUGGUGAACGCGCUGGGCAGCAAUGCCUGCUUGGCCAAAGUGGACCUCAGUGGUAACCUCAUGGAGGACAUGGGCGCCAAGAUGCUGGCCAAGGCCCUGCAGAUCAACAGCACCCUGCGGAGCCUCAGCUGGGACAGGAACAACACGACAGCUGUGGGCUUCCAGGACAUCGCCAGGGCCAUGGAGAGCAACCACACAUUGACCUUCAUGGCCCUUCCCCUCUGUGACCUCACAGCCGCCUACCGUAGUUCCCCGGAGCGGACAGACACUGGUUGGCAGCAGAUCCAAUGGUGCCUCCUACGCAAUGGCCGCGGUCCCAAGGUGCCACCAGAGCAGGUGCUCCGGCUGCAGCGGGGCAUUGUCACCAGCACGGCUGAGCAAAUGCUCUGCCGGCUGAGCGGACGAGUGCAGGCGGCGGCGCGGGGGCUGCGGGGGCACCCAGGGGCACAGCGGGACCUUGCAGAGGCCCAGGAGCUGCUGCGGGAAGCCAGGAACGCCCGUGCGCUGUUCCCCAGCCUGGCAGCGCUGGGACCGGCAGGGGCCGGAGCGGGACCGCUGCAGCUCCUCCUGCAGGGCGUGGCUGGGGACGUGGCCAAGGCUGUGGACAAGGAGCUGGAGGUGCUGCUGGAGGCGCUGCUGGGGGCGCUGCUGGAGCGGGCGGGGGAGGAGAUCCGGGAGCAGCUGGGGGAGGUGCAGCUGGCGCUGGUGACGUCCCUGACCCAGGCGGUGGUGGCUGAGCUGCUGCGGGAGCUACGCCGUGUCCACCAAGCACUGGCCCAGCACCUGCAGGAUCCGAGGAGUCCCCAGGGGCAGGAGCCAUCCAACAGCACCGAUGAGGAGCUGGGCGUUGAUGUUGACGCACCGACGCUGCAGCGGCACAGGCGCUGCUGCCGCCGCACCCGCCCGCCUUCUGCCUUCAUGGGCCAAUCCGAGGGCCUGGAGUCACCGUCGCCCCCCAGGAGCUCUGAGGGGGAUCCCAAGCCCCACCCACUGCACUUCAGGGCCCCGGAGGCGCAGGCGGUGGGGGGCUCCCCCCAGCAGGAGGAGUUUGGUCGGCUGCCCCCCACAGUGCCUCCCUAUCCCCAGGAGCACAGCUGCAGCCCAGGUUCAGAGGCAUCAGCCCCUCCUGAAGCUGGCAGCCCCGGGCUGGAGUGGGUGGGGCUUCCUUCCCCACAGACCCCGCCCCCUCAGGCCCCGCCCAGGAUGGGGGCGUGGCCCCAGCAGAGCUGCGGCGGCGAGGGAGGGGGCGGGGCCAUCCCGGAGGCCACGCCCACUGCUCCGACAGGGACCUCAGACAGGAGCCGCCAGCUGCCCCCCCCGAAGCCCCAGCGGAGGCAGCGAGCCCAUUCCUGCGACAAGGCGGACGCCGGGCCCGGGCCGGGGGGAGGAGGUGAGGCCGCCGCGGUGCUCUUGAGGGGCACCGCUCACCUCACCGCUCGAACGGCCACUUCUCCCCACAGGCACCUGAGGGGCGGGCAGGACCUCGCGACGGCCGCUCACGGACGGGAAUAAACUUUUAUCGAAGAGAAA